GAGAGAGAGAGAUGCGCAGUACCGGGAGUGAGUGUGUCUGCAGUCAGUCGGACUUGCACCGGGAGCAGCAGCAUCGUCAGAUCCGUUUGAUUUGACAUGACGACAGAACCAGAUAGCAAAUCAGAGCAGCAGGGAGCCAGUGCAGCUCCGCCCCAUUCGGCCCCGCCCCUUGACAACCAGCUACCUCCUGCUGCUGCACACAGCACACCUGUUAGAAAAGAGCAGGGUGGAGAGCGAGAGGGGGGCGGAGUCCUGCAAGGGAAACCUGAUCACCAUCCGCCCGAGGACGACCGCACCUCACAUUGGUCAUCGUCCAGUAAAGUGAGUCGCUCUCCACUGAAAGUGAGCAGGAAACCCAAAAACAUGCAGUGCAAAAUCAGUCUGCUGGACGGCUCCGACUACACCUGUGUGGUAGAGAAGCAUGAUAAAGGUCAAGUUCUGUUUGAUAAAGUCUGUGAACAUCUCAACCUGCUGGAGAAAGAUUACUAUGGUAUUACAUUCCGCGAUGUAGAAAAUCAAAAGAACUGGUUAGAUCCGAUCAAAGACAUGAAGAAACAGAUCCGAGGAGUCGCCUGGAAUUUCUCCUUUAAUGUGAAGUUUUACCCUCCUGAACCCACGCUGCUCUCUGAAGAUAUUACACGAUAUUACCUGUGUUUACAGUUGAGGGAUGAUAUCGUAUCGGGUCGUCUGCCAUGUUCGUUUGCCACUCACACAGUUCUGGGCUCGUAUACAGUGCAGUCGGAGUUGGGCGAUCACGAUCCAGAUGAGUAUGGCGCUGAUUACGUCAGCGAGUUUCGUUUCGCACCUUAUCAGACCAAAGAGAUGGAGGAGAAGAUCAUGGACCUGCACAAGAACUACAAAGGAAUGACACCAGCAGAAGCUGAAAUGCAUUUCCUGGAGAAUGUAAAGAAAUUGUCAAUGUACGGAGUCGACCUCCAUCAUGCAAAGGAUUCAGAGGGCGUGGAGAUCAUGUUGGGCGUGUGUUCCUCCGGCCUCCUCGUCUACCGUGACAGACUUCGCAUCAACCGCUUCGCCUGGCCCAAAGUCCUGAAGAUCUCCUACAAACGCAAUAACUUCUACAUCAAGAUCCGGCCGGGCGAGUUCGAACAGUUUGAAAGCACAAUCGGCUUUAAACUACCCAAUCACAGAGCAGCCAAGAGACUGUGGAAAGUUUGUGUGGAGCACCACACCUUCUUUAGGUUGGUUUCUCCAGAAAUGCCACCUAAGAAGUUCCUCACACUUGGUUCCAAGUUUCGCUACAGCGGCAGAACGCAGGCUCAGACGAGACGGGCCAGUUCUCAGAUAGUUCGUCCAGCGCCGUAUUUCGAGCGAUCCUCCAGCAAACGUUACACAAUGUCUCGAAGUCUAGAUGGAGCUCAGCGGAGUUCACCCAUGAGCACAGCGACAGUCAAUGGUACUAGACCAACAGAGAUGGGUACAACGUUUUACAGCACAGCUAAAGGCAUCGCUGUGAGUGACCUCAUCACCACAGUAACACCAGAGAAGAAAGCAGAAGAGAUGCGUGAGGAGGAGCGAUCUGUGCUGCGGGUGGAGAGUGUUGUCGUGGUGGAGGAAGAGGAAGAGAUGACAAGAACGACUGAAGUUUCACUGCCGAGUCCACAAACACCUGCACGACAGGACACACGGACUGAUUUAACAGACACAGCUGUCGAUGGAGAAUUAACUGCCACUGAGUCGGAUCAAGAUGACGAGUCUGAAAUAAAGAUGCAGGAAAUUGAACGUACACCAGACGAGCUGCUCAAACAUCAAACCAACAUCAGUGAGAUGAAGAGAACAUUCCUGGAGGGCGGAGCGGAUCGGACGGGCCUGACCGAGUGGGAGAAGCGUAUGCAACGAUCACCACGUCUGGAUGAGGUGCCCAUGAUCGAACCGCUCGUACCAGAUGAGGAGUCUGACGGGUGGGUCAUUAUAAACAAGGUUCCUCCUUUUGAACCAGAAAAGGUUCCUCCUAAGAAACCAGAAAAAACAUCUACUUUAGUACAAGAAAAUGUUCCACCAAUUGUAUCAGAAAAAGGUUCUUCUAUUGUACCAGAGGAGCUUCCUUCUAAAGUACUAGAGAAAACUCCACCUGAAGUACCAGAAAAAGUUCCUCCAGUUGAACCCGAAAAUGUUCCUCCCAUCGUUCCAGAAAAAGGCUCUACUAUUGUACCAGAUGUUCCUCCUAAGGUACCACAGAAAAUUCCUCCUAAGGUACCAGAGAAGAAACACUCAGCCAACUACCGAUUUGUGGCAGCCACUAGCACAUCAGCCACCAGUGAUGCAUUAGAAGACCCAAAGUUCAAAGCUCAAGAAGAUAUCUCGGGUAAGUCAGCCGUUAUGGCCGAGGAGUUGAGCUACAAGUCCUACACGUUCAGUAGAUCUUACGACACUACCUCCAAUAAGACUGUCACCAUGGCCACCCGAUCCAAAGAUGACGACCUGCCGUCGCCCCAACCUGCAAAACUCUAUGACCAACUCAUUGCUGCCACCAUUAAGGUCAUUCCCGUCACAUUUGAGCAUCCAAUCACAGGCGUGAGCGCUGCAGAGAGCGUCAGUGUCCCUGUAAUCACAGUCAAGGAGGUCAGGACGCCAUCGCCCUCCGAGCCUGCGGUGAGGACGGUUGUGGCCAUCCCCUCCAGUGAGGAAAUUGGAGAUGGCGAGAAAGCUGAUUUGCGUCUGCUAACUGACCGAAGCUCCCCAACACCACAAUCCCCGCUCAGAUCUCCUCUCAAAUCACCAAUCAGAUCAGCUGCAGAUCUCAGGCUGAGCCCCAGCCCGGUGUCCUUUCUCACCAAAACAUCUCCUACAGCCCGAGUGCCUAAGCCCAGUUUUGACGAGAUGUCUCCUGAGCUCACGGCUCUCUUACGGUCCACAAGUAGCUGGACGUCAUCCUCUCCACCUGCUCAGACUCUUACCUUCCAUAAGACAUCAGAGAGUCAAGAGAGGCAUCCAGAAAAAGGCCAAUCAGAAGAAGAGGAAGAGCGGCGUGCAGAUAAACCCCUGGAGCAGCCUCAGGUAGAGCUACCCGAAUCUCCAGAGGUCCCCUUGGAGCCUGAUGUGUAUUAUCAAGCGCGUGUUGUUUGUGUAGAGCCGCUGAGCUCUGUACGAGUCCUCGAUGAGUCCGAAUCAGAUUCUGAUGAUGAUGCCAGUGACUCCAGCAGUGUAAACUCCGCAAACUUCAAUGUGCCCCUCUCGCCCUCGAGCGUGACCCCCACAGGAGCCGCUUCAUCCAGUGACAGCGAGUCUGAAGGCGAGAGUUUCUCUCUGUCCACUGACGAUGAUGACGAUCAGGGAUCAGGUGACCAGUCGCCCAACGGCCUCCCCUCCCUCCUCAUGGCGGUUGAGCAGAGGGGCGUGGCUGAGGGUCACAGCGGGGAGGUAGAACUCACUGCCAGUUUAGAGUCAGGAGACACAGACAUACAGGAGAUGAAAACCAUCACAUAUGAGUCUCAGCAGUGCGAAACGGACGAAGACGCUGAAUCUGGAAUUCUGAUGAGCGCUCAGACGGUUACAUCAGAAACCAGCAGCACCACCACCACCACACACAUCACAAAGAUGGUGAAGGGUGGCGUCUCAGAGACCAGAAUUGAGAAGAGAAUUGUGAUCUCAGGAGAUGCAGAUAUUGACCAUGAUGAGGCUCUAGCUCAGGCUAUUAAAGAAGCGAAAGAACAACAUCCAGACAUGUCAGUGACCAAAGUCAUGGUCCAUAAAGAGACGGAGAUCACACCGGAGGAGAGCGAGGAGUGACGCUGGAUUAACACCAUCCGCACGCUUUCAGGAAAAAUCUCACAUGUUCACACUGUGUAAAAAUAAAGGAUGCUUCCGAUAAACUGACAACGGGAACAGCAGCAUAAACGAAUGAAUUGCAGCCAACUUCAUCUGGACAUGACUGGAGUAACACACACACACACACACACACACACACACAUAC